AUAGGAGUUUCCUUGCUAAAAUUAAAAGGCAAACACUGUUGUGAGAUGAAAUGACAGAGUUAGCCUUCAUAUUUAACGGUGGUGAUCGGAGAAGAAGCAGAAAUGAUGAGAAAUCGGUGAGUUGACUCAGUGGAGCGAAUCGAUGCAGGAAGAGAGUGAGUGUUUCGAGUGCCUCCAACUUCGAAUUAAGUCUGAUUUCUCGGAGCAAGUCUUCUUCAAUUAUGCCAUCCAAACUUCUGCUUUUCCUUUCGGAUCUUCAGCUAUCGUCAAUAUUUCUGGUGCAGCUGAUGGUGAAGCUUCUGGCGGUCAAUUUAUACUGCAGAACCUGUCGAGUCGUGAGAAGAAUUGUUUUAUAAACUAUGUAAAUGAAUAUAUUUUGGAUAGCGGUGAAAGCAGUACUAGGAGUAGUGAUCCUGAUAUUGGAGGCCGUCAAGAUAAUACUGUUGUUAAUGGUAGAACUACUUCAUCAGAUGAUUCUGAAAGUGGAAAAGCUUUUUCCGGAAACACGACUUGUAGUCAUUCUGGAAGGUUUUCUUGCUCGAGGACAAUCGCUUCACUUGCCCCCAUUGCUCGUGUGGGAGUGUCUUCCUAUUCCACUUUUCAAGAGGUCUCCACUGAUUUCUUGUCUGGUUUAAUCGAAGAUCACGUGUUAGAUUCCCUUGAUCUCUUCAUUGAAGGGAAAGCAUCUGGACGGGACAGUGUAAAUUUCCUUAGUAUAAUUGGGUUGCCAUCAUUUGAGGAGGAUACUUCUCCAGGCUCUUUGAGGCAUCCAAACAUAGCUCCUGUCCUUGCGAUUUUUAAAACAUCUGAUCACGUUAACGUGGUGCUUCCUAAGACUCCAUACAACUUGGAAAGUAUUCUUCAUUUUAACCCCAAUGCAUUAAAGUCUGACUGGAAUAGAAGAUUUCUUAUGUAUCAGCUACUCUCAGCCUUAUCGUACAUACAUGGUUUAGGGGUUUCCCAUGGUAAUAUAUGCCCAUCCAAUAUCAUGUUGUCGGACUCGUUAUGGUCUUGGCUCAGCUUAUGGAACAAACCUGUAUUGGAAUUUAAUUCAACUUUACGGGAGAAUGAAAAUGUUAACCCUGAACCUGCAAGAAUUGGUUGUUGUAAUAUUGGUUGUCAUUCUUAUGGCCUUUAUGCUGAUCUAAAGCUUUCUCCAACAAUAGAUUGGCAUUCUUGCUUUCAUCAAUGGUGGAAAGGAGAACUAAGCAAUUUUGAAUAUUUACUUAUCUUAAACAGAUUAGCCGGAAGAAGGUGGGGGGACCAUACAUUUCACCCAGUAAUGCCUUGGGUAAUUGAUUUUAGCUCAAAACCUGAUGAUAAUUGUGAUGCAGGGUGGCGAGAUUUGAGCAAGAGUAAAUGGCGCUUGGCUAAAGGUGAUGAACAAUUGGAUUUCACUUAUUCAACGUCUGAAAUCCCUCAUCAUGUUUCAGAUGAAUGUCUGUCUGAAUUGGCUGUCUGCAGUUAUAAAGCAAGAAGAUUGCCUUUGAGUGUUCUCCGAAUGGCUGUUCGGUCUGUCUAUGAACCUAAUGAAUAUCCUUCAACAAUGCAGAGGCUCUAUCAAUGGACCCCUGAUGAAUGCAUUCCAGAGUUUUACUGUGAUGCCCAAAUUUUCAAGUCAAUACAUGAUGGAAUGGCUGAUUUGGCUGUACCCUCUUGGGCCGAGAGUCCUGAGGAUUUCAUUAAAUUGCAUCGUGAUGCACUAGAAAGUAAUAGGGUGUCAUUUCAACUCCAUCAUUGGAUAGAUAUAACCUUUGGCUACAAAAUGUCUGGCCAGGCAGCUCUUGCUGCUAAGAAUGUUAUGCUUCCCCUAUCAGAUCCCAUGAUGCCAAAAUCAACAGGACGGCGUCAACUCUUUACACAACCACACCCCGUCCGUCAUGCCACUGCCAGAGGAAAACGUCAUGGUUCCAAUAAAUAUGCCAAAGUUUUGAGUCAAGCAAAUGAAAUGCACCGAGAGACAUCUCUUCUAUCUGAAACUGCUUAUCUACAAGAAUUAGAGCAAGCAUCUACAUUUUCCGAACAUGCUAGGCAUUUGAAUGCAUAUUACCAUUAUCCCUUAAAUCAAAUGACAGGGAAGAACAUCUCAUCGUUGGGAGAUCCAACAAUAGAGACAUUUAGUAGAACUAUAAGCAAACUGUCUUUGAUUGACAGAAAUUACCAGGUGCCGUAUAAAAUGAAUAGAAUUUCUUUUCUUCAACAUAUGAAAGAGGAAAACGAAGGCUCCUCUGGAUAUCCAGACUUGCUACUUUGGAAGCAGAAACUAUCUUCUUCAAGACUUUGCACUGAAGAUGUUGCUAGGGACAUAUUUUCUAUUGGUUGUCUCUUGGCUGAACUUCAUCUUUGCAGGCCGCUCUUUGAUCUAAUCUCAUUGGAAAUAUACUUGAAAGAUGGAACCUUACCUGGAUUUCUGCAGGAUCUACCUCCUGAUAUUAAAUUACUUGUUGAAGCAUGCAUCCAAAAGGAUUGGAUGAGGAGGCCAUCUGCCAAAAUUCUUCUGGAAUCACCUUAUUUUCCAAAGACUGUCAAAUCCUCCUACUUGUUUCUUGCUCCACUUCAGCUUGUAGCUAAAGAUGAAACUCGUCUUCGAUAUGCUGCAAAUCUCGCAAAGCAUGGAGCUCUCAAGGAAAUGGGUGCAUUUGCAACUGAAAUUUGCGCUGCUUAUUGCUUACCACUUAUAGUGAAUGCUGUGAGUGAUAUCGAAGCUGAAUGGGCAUAUAUGCUACUGAAGGAAUUCAUGAAAUGCUUAACAAUGCAAGCAGUAAAAACGUUAAUCUUGCCAACCAUACAGAAAAUUUUACAGACCACAGGUUAUUUACGAUUAAAGGUUUCCCUUCUACAAGAUUCAUUUGUACAGGAAAUAUGGAAUCGAGUUGGUAAACAAGCAUACCUGGAAACUAUUCAUCCAUUGGUCUUGUCAAACUUGUACAUUUCUCCAGAUAAAAGUUCAGCUUCCUCUGCUUCAGUGCUUCUAAUCAGUUCUAGUGAGGAGCUUGGUGUACCUAUUACCAUCCAUCAGACUAUCUUGCCUCUUGUUCACUGCUUUGGGAAAGGACUAUGUGCGGAUGGCAUUGACGUGCUGAUCAGAAUUGGUGGCAUUUUUGGAGAAUCGUUUAUCAUCAAGCAGAUGGUACCAUUACUGAAAAAUGUUGUUCGUUCCUUCAUUGAUGUGUCUUGCAUGAAUAAGCCUGAUCCUGUCCAGAGUUGGAGUGCUUUAGCACUUAUUGAUUGCAUGAUGACUUUGGAUGGGCUUAUAGCUUUCUUGACAGAAGAUGUCAUUGUAAAGGAGCUGCUUGAAGACCUAAGUUGCAUACACAUUGGGGUUCUUAUGCAGAAACAUAUGGAAAUUGCAGUGCUUCAGUUUGCUGCUACUACUCUUUUUGGAAUUUGUCAGCGGAUUGGAGCAGAUUUGACAGCAUUGCAUAUUCUUCCAAAACUUAAAGAACUAUUUGAUGAGCUUGCUUUCUCCCAGGAAAUUUCUAAAGGUUCAACUACUGUUGGCAGAAACUUGAAGGUUGGCAAAAUAAAAAUUGGAGGGAACUUGCAUAUUGAAAGUCGUAUGGAUUUAGUGUCGGUUCUCUAUCCUUCCUUUGCAUCUCUUCUUGGGAUAGAGAAACUUCGUCAAUGCUGUGCCACAUGGUUGAUUCUUGAACAAUAUCUUCUACGUCAUCAUAAUUGGAAGUGGGAAUAUGCAGGAGAAUCAUCAAAAAACGGCUCAGAAAAUAUUAUUGCUAGAAGACCUGUAGCCCAGGGAUUUAUAUCUGAAUACAAUCCUGCAAAGCUGUUACUUAAUGGGGUUGGAUGGUCGAUUCCACAAUCCCAAGGAAGAAGUGCCAAAAAUUUGAUCCCUCAGAGACGACCAUUAAAAGUUCAUCAAAGUCAAGUAGUAAUGCAAGAAGGCAUGUCAUACCAAAUGAACCACGAUCCCUGGUUUUGGUUCCCUAGUCCAGCCACCAUCUGGGAUGGGCCUGAAUUUCUUGGGAGGGUGGGUAUUCAGAAAGAAGAAUUUCCAUGGAAGAUUAGAGCAUCUGUUAUAUACUCUAUACGGGCACAUCAUGGAGCAGUGAGGUCUCUGGCUGUUCAAGAUGAAUGUACUGUUUUUACUGCAGGAAUUGGCCAAGGAUAUAAAGGAAGUGUUCAGAAAUGGGAAUUGAGCCGAACUAACUGUCUGUCCAGCUAUCAUGGCCAUGAGGAGGUUGUGAAUGAUAUUUGCAUCUUAUCAUCUAGUGGAAGAGUUGCAUCUUGUGAUGGAACAAUUCACAUUUGGAAUAGUCAAACAGGGAAGCAAAUAUUAGUAUUUGCUGAGUCCCAAACAGAAACUGGCAAUCCUACAAGCCAUCCAUCCUCUGCACCAAAAAUUAACAGUGACCAAGCUAACGUGCUUAAUUUGAAUACACUUUCAAAUGGAAUACUGUCUAGUGCUUUUGAUUCAAGUCUUUAUACUUGUAUGCAUCAAUUAUCCUCCGCUGGAACUCUUGUAGUUGGCACUGGAAAUGGUGCUCUGAGGUUCAUUGAUGUUGCUCGAGGUCAAAAGCUUCAUAUGUGGAGAGGCGAAUCUACUGAAUCUAGUUUUCCUUCCCUUAUUUCUGCCAUUUGUUCCACUGGCUCUGAGAGGAUGCAAGCAGGUGGAAUUUCCACUUUGCCAUCUUUUAUUGCAGCCGGACUAAGUUCUGGUCACUGUAAAUUAUUUGAUGCAAAGAGUGGAAAUGUCAUUUCCUCUUGGCGAGCUCACGAUGCAUAUGUGACAAAGUUGGCAGCACCUGAGGAACAUCUCCUUGUUUCCAGCUCUCUGGAUAGAACUUUACGAGUCUGGGACUUAAGAAUGAAUUUGCCAUUACAGCCCAUUAUCUACAGAGGUCAUUCAGAUGGCAUAUCCAGUUUCUCCAUUUGGGGCCAAGAUGUUAUUUCAAUUUCCCGGAAUAGGAUUGGGCUUCUCUCCUUAUCUAAAUCUGCCAAUGAAACAGAUGGGCAGCAUCGCAUUAUCCCCCAGAAACUCUAUGUAUCUGAUAAUGGAAUGAGAAGCUUGUCAGCGUUAUCAUGUAUUAGUAUACUCCCAUUUUCUCGGUUGUUUCUCAUUGGAACUGAAGAUGGUUAUCUGAGAAUCAGUUGUUAAAUAUGCUUAGUCGUUUUCCUUAUAUCAUGAUGAAUUAUGAUUCAUCCAUGGCACGCGGGUCUGAUUUUUUGUUUCAGCCAAUAUGGCCUUGUAAAUCAAUCAACUAUUCAAUUUUUUUGCCAGGUAUACCCUAAAUUCCAUUUUGUUGUAUUUUUCUUUGUAACAGUUAAAUAAUUAGUUUAUAGAAAAUAACAGUUUCAAAGUAUUGGAAAUUUUGGAAGUGAUUCGUUUAA